CGCCUACGAAUUGUCAUCCCUAUUAAUAGCAAAAUUUUCAUUCGUCAAAAUCGCAGGGAGAAUAUGUCUGCUAUUCUAAACCACGCAAUUCGUCGCCAAUUUGGCGCAACUGCGGCCAGGAACAUGUCCGGCACUGCUGCCGUGGCCGGCGAGCACUCGGGUGGCUACAAGGUGUGGAAGCGCCUGUCCUUCUUCGUGGCCGUGCCAGCCGUCGGCCUGUGCAUGCUGAAUGCCUACCUGAAGCACCAGGAGGAGCACGACAAGCCCCGCCAGGAGUUCGUCAAGUACGACUACCUGCGUCGCCGCGAGAAGCGUUUCCCCUGGGGCGAGGGCAACAAGAGCCUGUUCCACAACCCCCAUGUCAACCCCCUGCCCGAUGGCUAUGAGCACUAAGUGGACACUCGCUUAGUCGCAUUUCCGUGUGGGGUGGAAGGAUGGAUGAAGGUUUUUUCUUUUUGGGUUUAUUGGCCUGGCCUGGCUAACACACAUUCGUAUGCUGCGAGGAGACUUGUAUUUAAUGUUAAACUAAACUCUAAACUCCAUGCGGAACACCACAACAAAACACAGACACUGCGGUUGGAUCCUUGAUUGAAUAAAGCAAACGCAAGAC